AUGACGUCUUUAGAUGUCCUUAUUAAUAGGGCAACUGAUGGUACAUUAACAGACGAUAACUGGCAAUACAUACUCGAUGUCUGCGAUUUCAUAUCAGGAGACCCCGAACAGAACUCUAAAGAAGCCAUGAAAAUUAUCAGGACAAGACUUUCCACGAGGGAUGCGAAUGUCCUUUUCAGAACGCUAUCACUUGUCGUCGCCAUAGCCGAGAACUGUGGUUCCCGCAUGCAACAAGAAAUAGCAUCUACUCAGUUUCUUCAAGAAUAUUUUUUGAAGAAAUUGUCAGAUAAAAAGAUCCAUAAGCAUGUUAAAAUAAGAAUAGCUGAAGUUAUCAUCAAUCUUAACUCCACUUUCAAGAAUGAUCCUUCACUUCGACCAAUUCAAGAAGCACAUCGUACAUUGAUGUCAAAGUUCGGUAAUUUUUGCAAGGCCGCUCCGUCGAAGCCGGCUAAAACGGCGAUAUCGGGCAAAGACAAAGAGCAUGAGGAACAAGAGCUUGAAAGAGCACUUCAACUAUCUGUUCAAGAGUAUGAACGCGAGCAGUCUACAAGAAAUAAGCAAGCGACCACAUAUGUUUCCUCGGACGAUAUGAACGUUAGCUCUAAGAGUUCUAGAGAACGAGACGAGCCCGAAGCUAUGACCAUUGCUAAUGUCAAGAAAGUUUGCGCGCUUUACGACCUUAUAUCUUACGAAGCAGAUGAGCUUUCAUUUAGGAAGGGCGACACAAUUACCGUUAUCGAAUCUGUGUAUCGCGAUUGGUGGCGGGGUAGCCUACCCAAUGGGCAAACUGGUAUAUUUCCAUUGAACUACGUUACUCCAGUAGUAAGCAAAUCUGCUGAAGAAGCAGCAAGGGAAACAUCACUAGAAGAAAGAUUGGUUCGCGUUGAGCAUCUAAAGAUUGACGAACUUAUUGCUCUCCUAUCAUCUGAGCCUUCUCAAGUAAACGAAGAUAGGGUGACGGAAUUAUAUAACGAUGUCCUCCCCACACGGCCCUCGUUAGCAAAGGCGAUAGACAAAUAUGGUGGCCGAAGAGAUGAACUAGGAGCUCUUCAUGAUCGUAUGAAUGAGGCAACAAACUUCUAUAAUGUUUUGAUUGAUAGAGUCGUUAGUUAUAGGGGCGAUAUCAGGCUGAAUGGGAACUUACCGUAUCCCUCUGGAAGCGGAUACCCAGAGCUUUCUACGAAAUCUGAACAUAAGUCGUAUAGUGGCGAUAGUGCUCGUGUUAUUCUUCAUCGCUUGGAUGAUCUACAAGGUUAA